CUUUUAUAUUUUUUCGAACGAAAGACGUGACAUGUAACAAUAGAUAAAUAAAAGUAACCAAAAAGACAUAUUUGGUGUUGGUUUAUUGAACUGAAAAAUAUACCUAAUAAAACGGAAAUACAAAACAUAUGGACGACGUUCGAGAUCUAGCAUGCCAAAGAAAAAAAGAGAGUAUGUUAGCCCUCCCUUAAUAGUUCGCACCAAUAACCAAUAACCCCUGUUUCGAACGCGUCGAUCGUACGUAUGUCUGUCAGUCAGUCCCUACUCCAAACAAGAAUUUUCGCACCCAGCAAUGAAUUUUCGCACCCAGCAAUCUAUUUUCGAACGCGCCACUUCUAGACGAACUUUUUUUUCUUUUUUGUUUAGAAUUAUUUAUUAUUUCCGUUCCGCCGACCUCGGGUCCUUCCAGUUCCCCAAUCCCAGACGAUAUGAAAAUACACAAUUACACAUACAGAGUCGUCGUGCACGCAUCUAUAAUUAUAAAUAAAACUUGAAAUAUCUUUAGUCUAAUCUGACAACACUGUAAAUAAUGAAAAGAGACCCUGCCCAUCGCCCAAUGCCGGAUUCCAUUCUUUAAAAUUAAAACGAGAAAGGUGUUGAUUUCUACCUCUUCUUCUCCCAUUUUUAUUUUUAGUUCAAUUAUACAUUUCAGCACACGGUGCCUUCUUCAGACGAAAGUCUAGUAUUUUCGUUCCUAUAAAGAACAUACUGGCCUUAAUUCGGAUUCGCAAAUGGAUAAAAAUAUGAUAAUUUUGACACUAAACUAAACAAGAUUAAAAAAGGCAAUAUUACACUUCCACUGAAACAGUAACAAAGAUUCAAUCUAUUUCAAUGUAAGGAGGAACGAAAGAUGAUUUUAAAAUAAAAUGGGAUAUUUUUCAAUACAAAAAAAGCAACGUAAUUGCAUUAUUUUAAUAAGAAAAGUAACGGUGCUUACAUAAGUUGUUUAUGUUGUGGUGAGGUUUUCAUGAUUUGAAUAUGGCGGCAGUAUUUUGACGUUUUAAUGUUUUGAACAGUUGGUAUCAACGCGUGUGGACAGUUUGGCAUUUCGUGAUGUGAGAAUUUUUCAUACAAGUUUUUUAUUAUGGUAUUUAUAGUAAUAGUAAGUGUAAAAAGUGCUAGUUUAGUGCAGUACUUAUGGCAGUGGGAUCUUCUAUAUUCGAGUUGUAAUCGAAAUGAUUAAAGAAAAACACGAAAAAGGCUCAGAUAGCGUGAAAGAAGAUACUGUAAGCGCCAAUAAGGAGCCAACCAACACAGACACAGUACAAAUAAAAAAGGAAGAAGAUGUGGCGACCAAGAAAGAGCCCUCAACAGGGCCAGUUACUAAGAAUGGAGGUCUGGUGGGUUCCACUAACACAGGCUCUCUUCAAGCAACUACUGAUUUUAAAACAGAAGCACCUAAUGAAGACCCUGUCACUACAGCAGUGCCAGAGGCAACUACACUGCCCCUUAAACAAGAAGAUAAUAUAGUAGAUAAUGAUCCUCUAGGAGAUCCAUUCGGUUUGGGUUUAGGGCCCCCUGGUCCUACAACUGGUAGUCAUGGUCCUCAAACACAACCGGAAAGUGUACAGCCCUUAGGAAGUAAUGUGAUAAAUAAACAAUCUAGUUCCAUGGAAGUGCAGUAUAUGCAACAACAAAGUCAAAUAUUUGUGUUUUCCACAGUGCUAGCAAAUUCGGGUGCAGAUGAAGUGUUGCAGGGUCGAUAUCCUUCCAUUAUAGCAUACCAUUGUGCCCAACCAGGAACUAAAAAGUACCUUGAAAAAAAUCCUUUAAAAGUUACUCAGUUUAAUAGACAACAUCCAGUGCAGUGGUUAAAUAACUUUGCUAUGAUGAAAAACAAAGGCUGUACUAGAAGUCCUGGUUUAGGACCCAAACCAUCUCCCAGUAUAGAUUCUUUCUUAGGACCUGAAGGGCUGGAUGAUAUGGUAGGGCUUGGUGAUUCGGAUGCACCUUGGGACCAGAAAAGCAAUCAUCAACUAGAAAAUUUGGAAGGGACAGUACAGAAUGGUUUGCCUGAUAUGGGAGCAGACAUGGAUUCAUGCAGCCCAUCUUUAUUAAAUGUUCAGCCCAAAUUGCAGGGUGUACAAGUGCCUGAUGAAAAUCUAACCCCUCAGCAGCGACAGCACAGGGAAGAACGAUUAGCUAGCAUUCGUAAAAUGCAUCAGCUGUUAUUCCCUGAAAGUCAAGGUGAGGGUGGUGCAGGUCCUCCAGAUGGAAUUCAGGGCAUAUCACCUGGGGGCGCUACGCCGAUGGGAGCAGGGUCUGGACCUGGCGUCGCGCCCCCUAACCAGCCGCCAGUUACACCUCAGAUGGAGUGGCAAAAAUUACAAAAUCAGUUCUUCGAUGAUCGAACAAAAGUUAAGACUCAGCCUCAAGCUGGAAAUAAUCCUAGCUGUGGCGCUAUAGUUCCUGUUGGGCCCGUCAGCGGCACUGGUCCACAACCUCCUUCAUCUGUAGCAGCUUCCCAAAAUGCUCGAGGUGGUCCAGGCCUUGGACCACGAUUGCAAGGUCCGCCACCACCAUAUCAUCAAACACAGCGAUCUGCCAGUGUUCCUAUAGCUCUACAAAGUCCAAAUCCCACGUCGCCAAACAAUCCCACCUCAAAUUUGUCGCUGCCUUCUCCGAGAGCCUCAUCAGCCCUCAAUUCGCCUGCAGAUCCGAAUAGACCAUUUGGAAAUUUGACAAGGCAUAUGAGCACUGGACAAAGUCCCACCUCACAGGACUCACCGACAGCACCACGUUUACAUCACAGUAACCCCAGUACGCCUCUCUCAUCCCAUUUAUCACCUAGUGUAACGAGUAGUAAUACAGAACCUUCAUCAACACAUCAAUCUACUGUUGAUGGUAUGUUUGGCAGAACACUUCAAUCAGUGGCACAACAAAAACAGAUGAGUACAUCAACGACGGCAUCAUGUCAAACACUUACAGCAACAGGUAUCAGCAAAGAGCCUAACUUAAUGCCAGUUCCAUCACCUCAACAGAUCCAAUACCUUAAUGCAUUUGAAGGCCAGGAAUUGAUCAUUCAAAAGCAGCCAAACACUAGUCUUAAAGAUGGCAAUAUUAUAUCUCCACCUGUCUUAUCUACAAGCUUAGAUAGCGGUUUUCCCGGUAACACACCAGAUCUUCCACAUACAAGAGUGUCAGGGCCCAAUACCCCCACGUCCAUGGACACUCGCUUUCCACCAACGCCCGGAGUUCCUUCUGAAGGUUGUAGGUUUCAAAUACCCUCGCCGCAUACACCUACCGCCACGUCCUGUGGUGAAAAACAAUCACAAAGAAUGUCAGGGCCCACAACUGUGACUCCUGGAAUGAGCCCCCAAGCAGUUCCAGGUCCUAACUCAGAUCCAUUGAAAAAUGAUCUGUUUCCAACUCCUAGUCCACAUAUGAUGGACACGCCAAGGUUUCCAGGACCCAACUCAUCUCCCGGAUCUCAAGUAAAAAUGGGUGGUGCUUUUGGUGUUACAGUUUCCCCACAAGGUAAACCUUCGCCGUUAGAUUUGCCAGGUUACUCUUGUGGGGGUGGCCGGAAUGAUAACAUACCUUUAAAUCCAAAUUGUACCAGUUCGAUGGUCGGGAAUCCCAAGCAAUCACAUUUUGAUCCCAUUUCAUCACUAGCACAAAUGAGCCAGCAACUGACAAAUAGUGUAGCAAGUAGUCUUAAUGGUCAACCAGGGCAAGGACCGCCUAUGAUGAGCUUUGGAUCAACAUCUAUGCAUAUGAUGGACAUGGGAAGUUGUCAUGGAGGAAUGGGUGAUAUGGUGGAUAGUGGCAUGAUGGGAAUGAAUCAUAUGCAAGGCCCGCCUCAUGGUUUUCAUCCUGGUUCGCCGAUGGGUCACAUGAGAUCACAUUCGCCAAAACUACCAGGUUCUUUCCCAAACCAUAUGCCAAUGCAGAGAAUGAUGGGUCGAGUUCCAGGACCUGGUCCUAGCCCAUUCAACGGUGCCAAUGUUCAAGUGAAGCCUAAUGCCCCAAAUACUAUACAGUACCUGCCUGCUAAAGGGCAAGGUGGUGCAGCACCGGCUGGUUCCCGAGGGCCUCCUAGUUUAGACUUUCUUACAAGACUAGCAUCACCCAUAAAUAUGAUGGAUGGUUCAAAAAUGCAGCCAGGUCCAGGACAGUACUUCCAAAGUUGUGGUCCAGGUGGAGGUCCAGGUCCUAUGCAAGGAGGUCCUAUGCAAGGUAGUCCAAUGCACAUGGGCCACAUGGAUGGUGGACCUGGAAUGGGACAAGAACCACCUAUGAUGGGACCUAUGGGAGGUCAUAUGGGCAACGGUACUGGCAGUCCUAUGAUGGGAGGACCUGGUGGAAUGGGAAUGGGACCUGGACCUGGAAUGAUGCCAAUGAUGCGAGGAGGUCCAGGAGGAAUGCGACCAAUGAUGCGAGUGCCUCAAAUGGGUUUUGGAUCUGGAGGUCCAGGGCAUGAAGGAAUGUUUCCUGGCGGUCCUGUAGGUCCUCCCAUGGGCCCCGGCAGUGGCAAUCCACAGAUGUUUGUAGCAGGACCAAAAGGUAGUCCGAUGGGAAUGGCGCCGGACGCGACGCAGCCGCUGCCGCCGUCUAUGGGACAAGGUGGCGGCUUUAAAGGUGCUCCUUUUGUGGGACCUACUACCUCUGACCCAAACUAUGCCCAGCAAUAUCACAAUUUCCAGCAACAAUUGUACGCAACCAAUACCCGUAGUCAAAUGGGCGGCGGCGUCCAAAAUAUGGGGCCUGGUCCAGGCCCUCCGCACAUGCAGCAUUUGCCAUAAACUAGAGGGAGUAGGACAUUUAACUUUAAAUUGUUGGACUUACUUUGUCCUUUUUAUGACAGAGGUUUCACUAUUGCUCAUUUAUUUGUUUCUAUCCAAUCUGUUAAUCGUUUUAUUGUACAUUUUAUGAGUAAGCAUUAAUUGAAAUAAUAACAAUAAAAUUCUAUAUUGUAUAUUUUAAUGUUUUAUUUAUUCUCACUCACAUAGUAUAGUUUUA